UACACCUGAAACUAUCUCGAGACGCAGGUCGAUCGGUUUUGUUAUCAUUUACAUUUCUAAUAUAGACGAAUCUAUGAUUUAUUGAUAGAGAAAUAUAUAGAGUAUUUAAAUUUAAAUCAUCUGGUUAAGAUUGAGUGAAGUUCAAAGAAUAGAAAGACUUUUAGUAUAAAAUUUACAAAAUGAUUAAACAAAUAGUGGUUCUUGUUGCUGUUGCAGCUGCUGUGUUUUGUGAUGAUGAUCAACCCGAAUACAUCAAACAGUGUCGAGAGUCGGACCCGGCGUUAUUGGAUUGUCUGAAGGAUUCGCUGCAUCACCUGAGACCGUACCUGGCCGCAGGAAUCCCCGAGAUUGAGAUGCCGCCGGUCGAACCCUUCCGCAUGGACAAGCUGUCGCUGGCGCUCACCGGCGGACCGCAGGGAUACCGCGUUACCCUAUCCGAUAUGGAUAUAUACGGAGCCAGUAAUUAUACAGUCAAGAACAUAAAGUUAAGUGAAAAUGGAAAACCGUUCCAGGCCAGAGUUACCAUGCCAAGGCUAAGGAUUGCAUCAAAAUAUUUGAGCAGUGGAGUUUUGAUCAUUUUACCAGCUAGUGGAAAUGGAACUUUCAGUGGAACAUUUGAUGGUGUAACAGCCGAUUUAUCAGGUACAGUGUCAACAUCAGAGAGAAACGGGCUCAAGUACUUGCAUGUCGAUUCGCUCCAUUUGGACCUGAAGGUGCGCGACGUGCGAAUGCAGGUGUCACGAGUCUUCAACAACAAUCGAAUUCUUACUGAAGCCACAAAUCUUUUCUUGAGAGAAAAUGGACAAGAAGUUCUAGGAGCAAUGAGUCCUCAAUUAAGGAAAAAACUUUCUGCAGAAUUUAGUCGUAUUGCAAAUCAAUUGUUGUUACAUGUUCCUAUUUCUAAAUUUUUGUUACCUUAG